CCCCACCUCACUCCACUCUGGAGGGAGGCUGGAGAUCCUGGAUUGGAAGAUGGUAGAAAGAGGGUAGUUUGAGGGGACGGCAAUUCAACCUGGUAGCUGGGAGCGUAAGGCAAGACCACCCUUCUUACUGCGGGGCAAUUGAGCAGGCAGGAAUCUGGUGCUGCUGCUGCGGGCAGAGAGGGAGGGGAGGGGAACUCCAGUCCACUCUUUCUCUCUCUUCCUGUUUUGCUCGUAACACCCGCUUCACAGAGAGAAGGCGGAGACGGAACUGGAGCUCGGCUUGCGCCCGCUCGCUCGCUCUGGGAUUCCUGGCUGACUCUGUUUCCCUCGCCCAACCGCUGCCGCCUCGGGCAUGUGGCCGAGACCCCAGAGCAGGCUUUGGCAGGGCUGCUCUACGCUCUCCCCUCUCAGUCCGCCAGGCAAGCGUCGGGGCCCAUGAAGGAAGAUGCCUCCCGCCUCCAAGGCGGAGGAAGGGGAGCCUACCUCCACCGUUCACUCGCAGCUGGUCAAGCUACUGUCCGCCCUCUUCUACGGGACCUGUUCUUUUUUCAUCGUUCUGGUAAAUAAGGCAGUGCUGACCACUUACAGUUUCCCAUCACCCUUAGUUCUUGGAAUUGGGCAGAUGGCAACCACCAUAGUGAUAUUAUAUGUCUCUAAGCUAAAUAAAAUUAUUCAGUUUCCUGAUUUUAACAAAAGCAUCCCUGUGAAGCUGUUUCCUUUGCCUCUCCUUUAUGUUGGAAAUCACAUAAGUGGAUUGUCAAGCACAAGUAAACUAAGCUUGCCCAUGUUUACAGUUCUCAGGAAGUUUACCAUUCCACUUACACUGUUCCUGGAAGUUAUCAUACUCAGAAAACAGUACUCACUGAACAUCAUAGUUAGUGUCUUUGCCAUCAUUCUUGGAGCUUUUAUAGCCGCUGGCUCUGAUCUAAGUUUUAAUUUGGAAGGCUACAUUUUUGUAUUACUUAAUGAUAUCUUCACAGCAGCAAAUGGAGUUUACACCAAACAGAAAAUGGAUCCAAAGGAACUAGGAAAAUAUGGAGUACUUUUCUACAAUGCCUGUUUUAUGAUCAUUCCAACAUUCGUUAUUAGUAUUUCCACAGGAGACCUUCAACAGGCUACUGAGUUCAGCCAGUGGAGGAACAUUUUAUUUAUCAUUCAGUUUCUUCUUUCCUGUUUUCUGGGGUUUCUGUUGAUGUAUUCCACGGUGCUCUGUAGCUAUUACAAUUCUGCCCUAACAACUACAGUGGUGGGUGCUGUUAAGAAUAUAUCCAUUGCUUACAUUGGAAUGUUAUUUGGUGGAGAUUAUAUUUUCUCUGUGUUAAACUUUAUUGGACUAAAUAUUUGUAUGGGAGGAGGAGUGAUGUAUACAUUUUUAACAUUACAAGGCCCAGAGCAUCCUAAACAGCAAGUGGGUGAAGAAAAUAUACCUUCUGAUGCAAAACUAGAAUCUGCUGUUGACUGAUAGAUUGCCAGAGAGCAGUGGAUAGAAGUUCACACAAGUGGGAAAUAAACCUUUAUAUAUUAAGCACAUGGACAGAACAUUUAUUGAAUGAAAAGGAAAUCUACCUCAGUUGCCAUUGUGUGAAAAACUGCAUGAUAGUUGAUUUUUUCCCAAAAUAAUAGUGAACUUAAAGCAAAAUUGUUUUGGUUUCAAAGGGAGAGUAUUUCUCAAAGAAAAUUUUUAGUUUUCUGAGCCUCUGUUGUGUUUCUUUUUUUUCUCUUUUUUUUUGCCUAAAAGGUUUUCUUCAUUCUAAAACUUUUGAUCUUUGGUAAAACUUCAUUGUCAUCACUAUCUGUUUAUAUAGGGGGUUGUAUUUCACCCAAAAGCAGAUUAAAAGAGACUGCUGUGACAGUAAGGGUUUUGUACCAGACAACUUGUCUUUCAUUCCAAGAAUUCAUGAGAAAGAUGCCCAUGAGAAGAAAUCUGUUUUAAUAGAAAUAUUUUCAGAGUGAUCACCAAAGUUAGCAAAUGAAUUACCUGUUAGAGUCCAAUAAAUUUUGCUUUGUUUUUGUGUAUGUGUGAACCUACCUGGCAGGAUUGUUCCUUUUCUUUUCUUUAAAAUAGAAAGAAAGGAAAGAUUUUAAUGCUGCAUAUCAUGAUACUAUUGCAGAGAAACAAAAAGAGGGCAUAGACAGCCAUUUACAGUGGGAAAUACUCCGAAUGUGUAAUCCUACUUUGUCUCAUUAUCCAAGAUUUUUUUUUUAAUUAGAAAAUGACUCAGUGGAAAAAUAUACUCAAGACCUGAACUGUCAGAUUUAGUAGCUCAUUAUCUCUCCACUCAUCUCCUCCAAGGUCCUCCCAGAGUAAUUAAAAAAUAAGAUUAUUUUGAUUUUUUAUCAAAUAUAUUCAUCCUUUUGGAUUUUCCUGACUAUGCUAUAAGUAUUCAAAUGAAUAGCAGCCUAUUGAAACAUUUGCCAAUUAGGAGACCUGAGUGAUAGUCUUUGACUAACUAUGUGAUCUUUGAAAAAAUCACUUAACCUCUCUGGGCUUCAGUUUCAGAGAGAAAGAAGAGAGGAAGAGAGAGAAGAGAGAGGAAAAGGAGAAAAUAAGUUUGAACAGAUUAGUGGUUCUUGACCUGGUUCCUGGGUUCCAGGAACUUGUUUGUUUGUUCUUAAUUUUUUGAUAAUUAGAUUUCAAUAUAAUGGUUUUCCUUUGUAAUCCUAUGUGUUUUAUUUUAUGGACUUAAAAAUAUUGCUCUGAAAAGUGGCCCUUAGGCUUCACUAGAUUGUCAAUAGUGUCCAUGACACAAAAUAGGUUAAAAACCCUUGGACUAAGUGGACUUUUAGGUGUCUCAGUAAAGCUAACCUUCUGAGAUUUCUCUGAUCUUAUAAAAGUAUUUUUAAUUAAGUUUCUUAAAAUAUUCAGGAUGAUUUUUGUAUUCCAAAGCUCUUAUAACAUGAUGACUUUAUAAAUUAAAAUUCCUUGUCUGCUUCAA